CGCGGUGCCCGGCCCGGCCCCCCGCCCCGCCCGCCGCCCGGCCCCGGGCCCCCAGCGCCUCUCCGCUCCGGGGCCGGGGCCCCCGCCGCCUCCUGGUCCCCGAGCCCCGGCCCCGGCCCCCCGGGCCAUGCGGCUUCGGCCCCGCCGGCGUCGGCCGCGCACCGGAGGAGAUGAGGCUCCGCAAUGGCACCUUCCUGACGCUGCUCCUCUUCUGCCUGUGCGCCUUCCUCUCGCUGUCCUGGUACGCGGCGCUCAGCGGCCAGAAAGGCGAUGUGGUGGACGUGUACCAGCGCGAGUUCCUGGCCCUGCGUGACCGUCUGCAUGCAGCUGAGCAGGAGAGCCUCAGGCGCUCCAAGGAGCUCAACCUGGUGCUGGAUGAGAUCAAAAGGGCCGUGUCGGAGAGGCAGGCGCUGCGAGAAGGCAAUCGAACCUGGGGUCGCCUAACUGAGGACCCAAGACUGAAGCCAUGGAACAUCUCCCACAAACAUGUGCUGCACCUGCCCACGGUCUUCCACCACCUGCCGCACCUCCUGGCCAAGGAAAGCAGCCUACAGCCGGCGGUGCGGGUGGGCCAGGGCCGCACAGGAGUAUCAGUGGUGAUGGGCAUCCCCAGCGUGCGGCGUGAGGUGCACUCCUACCUGACAGACACACUGCACUCGCUCAUCUCCGAACUGAGCCCACAGGAGAAGGAGGACUCUGUCAUUGUGGUGCUGAUUGCAGAGACUGAUGGACAGUACACCUCAGUAGUGACAGAGAACAUCAAGGCCCUGUUCCCCUCAGAGAUCCAUUCCGGGCUCCUGGAGGUCAUCUCCCCUUCCCCCCACUUCUACCCUGACUUUUCCCGCCUCCGAGAGUCCUUUGGGGACCCCAAGGAGAGAGUCAGGUGGCGGACCAAACAGAACCUCGAUUACUGCUUCCUCAUGAUGUAUGCACAGUCCAAAGGCAUCUACUAUGUUCAGCUGGAGGAUGACAUCGUAGCCAAGCCCAACUACCUGAGCACCAUGAAGAACUUUGCACUGCAGCAGCCCUCGGAAGACUGGAUGAUCCUGGAGUUCUCUCAACUAGGCUUCAUCGGGAAGAUGUUCAAGUCCCUGGACCUGAGCCUGAUUGUGGAGUUUAUACUCAUGUUCUACCGGGACAAGCCCAUAGACUGGCUCCUGGACCAUAUUCUGUGGGUGAAGGUCUGCAACCCUGAAAAGGAUGCGAAGCACUGUGACCGGCAGAAGGCCAACCUGCGGAUCCGCUUCAAGCCAUCCCUCUUCCAGCACGUGGGCACUCACUCCUCGCUGGCAGGCAAGAUCCAGAAACUAAAGGACAAGGACUUCGGGAAGCAGGCAUUGCGGAAGGAGCACGUAAACCCACCAGCUGAGGUGAGCACGAGCCUCAAGACAUACCAGCACUUCACCCUGGAGAAAGCCUACCUGCGUGAGGAUUUCUUCUGGGCCUUCACACCUGCUGCAGGGGACUUCAUCCGCUUCCGCUUCUUCCAGCCACUGCGUCUUGAGCGGUUCUUCUUCCGCAGUGGGAACAUUGAGCACCCUGAGGACAAGCUCUUCAACACAUCUGUGGAGGUGCUGCCCUUUGAUAAUCCUCAGUCAGACAAGGAAGCCCUGCAGGAGGGCCGAGCAGCUACUCUGCGGUACCCUCGGAGCCCUGAUGGCUACCUCCAGAUUGGCUCCUUCUACAAGGGUGUGGCAGAAGGCGAGGUGGACCCUGCCUUCGGCCCCCUAGAAGCUCUCCGCCUCUCCAUCCAGACAGACUCCCCAGUGUGGGUCAUUCUGAGUGAGAUCUUCCUGAAAAAGGCGGACUAAGGCGAGGUUUCUGAGGGUGCACUUCUUUGGGCCCUGAAGCCCACAGAGUCCUGAGAUGUUGUCGCAGCUGCCCCUGGAGGGCCAGGCUCAGCCGCCCCAGACUGAGGGGUUCUGCCUGGUGCGCCCCCUCAGCCCACCUGGGGUCACCGCUGGCCCGGAGGCCCUAGGAGCUGGUGCUGCCCCCGCCCGCCAGGCCGAGGGAGGAGGCAGGCGGUCCCCACACUGUGCCUGAGGCGGGCCCAUGCCGCCCAGAACUGUUCGCACCCGGCUGGCUUGAGCCAGGCCGUUUUAGAAGAGCUUUUUCUUGGGCGCCUGCUGUCCCCGGCGCGAACACUGGAAUGCAUAUACUACUUUAUGUGCUGUGUUUUCUAUUAUUGGAUACAUUUGAUUUUUUCACGUAAGUCCACAUAUACUUCUAUAAGAGUGUGACUUGUAAUAAAGGAUUGAUGAAG